ACAGAGACACAGAGAUACACAUGUAACCCUGGUUAGUUUUAAAGUACUGUAGUUUACAGAACCUUUGAAUGCAUCUUAGUUGUUUCUCGUCUGGUAGUGGAACUUCUGAGCUUACCUGAAUGCAUCACUUGCAGCUCUCGGUGUGUGGGAAGGUGAGCGACAAAAAAAAAGAGAGAAACCUCAUGCAGCCGGGGAGCAAAGUGUCCUCAUUCGGCGGCCAAACGAUGAUAUUUUGUGAAUGUUGUGAUAGAACUGUUGUUAGAAAGUGAGUGUGAAGAGAUACUUACCUGGUGGAAGUGCAGUCGAUCACGGGAGCGACUCCGACGGAGUGUUUCCUCAAACUUUUCUGAACUAUUCUGGCUGUUUUUUUUGAGGGACGAGUUCUUCAAUUCAACUGUGAUCCAUAUCACCCGCCAUGCUGCAUGGAGGCUCUUGGUUCAUCGGGACCGCAGUGUGGACAUCAGUGUGGUAGGACAAGGCUCAGUCCUGAGGAGUGACACAUUUUAGUUGCACUUUUCGUUCUGAGAUCUCAGUGUUUUCGGUUUAUUUUUUUUUUAUCUGUUGCUAAAAACAAACAAAGGAACCUAAAGAACAAUUUCUCCUUGGAGGACCCUGGAAGACAAUAAAUAAACUGAAACAAACAACGGAAACCAGGGAAAAAAUAAGGACAAUUGAACCCAUUAAAGGGGGGAAAGAAACAUUUUAAAUUUGUUUUCUAUAUCGGUACUUACCUGGGUCAGCUAAUUUUAUUUCAUACUGUGAAUUUAAUUUAUGUGGAAAGAACUGCAUUUCAUUUAAUGAGUGUAAGGCUGAACAUUUUAUGUUGGGGAAAAAAUUGAAUAUUUGAAUAUAUACAUUUAUACCACAUUCUGUGUUGUGUGUUAUGUGGGCUGGAGAUCAAUUGCUCUCUUCUUCAGUGCUACUGCCAAUCUCCUUACCCAAACCUAGUUGAUCAGACAGAACCCAAGGAGACUGAGGAAAAGGUUACACACAGAAGAAAUUACUACUAAUAAUAAUCAUGAUGAUGACAACGAUGACAGUAACAGCCAUAAUGAUGAUGAAUGAUGAGUCAAUGCUGUAUAUACUGUGAAAAUGACAUUAAAAAGACUUUAUCUCUAUCUUUUUCUAAGGGAUGGUUCAGGACUCACUUGAUCCAGCCCUAACUAUAAGCUUUAUCAAAGAGGAAUGUCUUAAGCCUACUCUUAAAUGUGGAGAGGCUGUCUGCCUCCUGAACCACAACUGGAAGCUGGUUCCACAGGAGAGGAGCUUGGUAACUGAAGGGCUCCUGUUCUACUUUUAGAGACUAGAGGAACCACAAGUAGCCCAGCAUUCAGAGAACGUAGUGUUCUAGUGGGGUAAUAGGGUACUAUGAGCUCUUUAAGAUAUGAAGGGGCCUGACCAUGAAGAGCUUUGUAGAUAAGGAGGAGGAUUUUAAAUUCUAUUCUUAUAUUUACAGAGCGCCAGUGCAGAGAAGCGAAUACAGGAGAAAUAUGAUCUCUUGUCCUAGUUCCUUUCAGAACUCGUGCUGUAGCGUUCUGCAUCAAUUGUAGCGUCUUAAUGGUCUCAUUAGGCCAGCCUGAUAAUAAGAAGUUGCAGUUAUCCAACCUUGAAGUAAACAAAUACAUGGACUAGUGUUUCUGCAUCUGUCUGUGACAGGAUGUGCUGGAUUUUUGCAAUGUUAUGUAAGGGAAAAAAGGCAGUCCUACAGGUUUGCUUUAUGUGUGAGUUACAGGACAUGUCCUGAUCAAAGAUAACUCCAAGAUUCCUGACGGUAGUGCUGGAGGCCAAGAUGACAGAGUGGUUGCUCUUCGAGAAGUGUCCAUUCCUGCGGCAGCUGAGGUCACCAUGAUCAUACAGAUUAUCUCCACUACCUUUGGGCUGAACUCUUCUAAUGUCAUAUUCAAGAUAAGGAACCACUGUGGCUGUCUGAUUCCUCUGAACAGCUCGAUCCCUGCGAACAACAAACACAUGCCUUAUGUACUUGAGGUAGCAAAGAUCUUUCAGCAUGUGCUUCCCAAACCCAGAACCAUUCCCAUGACUGUGAUCAAUAAGAGCAUGAAGACCAGGCUACAGACCAUCGACAGGAGGAUUCAGAGACUGGAGGAGCUUCUGCCUCAGAUCAAACUCAGGCGCAGCGAAAAACUAAGCCAGGACAUUGAAUGUCUCAACCAAAAGUUGAGGUUUCUUCAUAAGAGGAUGCAGGUGGCAGAAUCUCGCAGCUGGAAGGGGAUGCUGACCAGAGCCCCUCUGUGGUGAACAAGCACCCAUAUUUCUGGCUGGCUGGCUCAUAGAAGACACCAUCUGUGGGACCUAGAAUCACACUCAUCACCCUCGGAACAAGCCGCAACUUAACCCCGCACAUGCAUGCAUGCACAUGCAUCAUUGUUGGGCUCUGGUACUUAAACAAAUUGCAUAAUACCCAUCCAAAAUUCCAAUUAGCUAACUUUAUGUUCUAAAAAUCUGAAAAUCAUCUGGAAAUCUGAAAACAUUUUGGGUUAUGUCACUGUUCAGAGAACACUCAGAAAUGGUUAUAUCGUGAAGACAGUAGUAAAGAGGAUUGGGUUAAUAAUGAUUCUCACGCAAACUCUUAAGUUAUCAUUAAAAACACUGCACAUAUUGAGCCAAACUGACAGGGAUUUUUCAAACCAUUUGUAGUUGAGAACGAGUGUGGUUCACACAGGUAGUGUGGUUGCUCUCUGUGUGAACUGGGUUUAACUGGAACUCUUCAAUCUCACCGCUAGAUGUCACUAAAACCCUACACACAGAGCGCAAUGUCAUAUUGGCCUGAUUUAUGAUCACUGCUGGCUAACAGGAUUGAGGUCACACUAAUUCGCAGUAAACACACUGGAGAAUUUAGGUGUUUUAUCAAAGUGCUAGCGCUGUUUUUUAUCUAUUAUUUUGACCUCUGAUCUUCUGUUUUUACAUGUUUUACAUGAGCUGAAAAUGAAAACAUGGUACCUAAAUUUAAUAGCAGCUUUACUUUGAAAGUAGUGAUAUGUGAAGCUAUUGUUCACUUUUUCAUAAAAGCAUGAAACUCAGUACACACAGAGCCAUUGCAAAAACACCUUGUGGCAGCUAUGACGGUCAUUUUACUUUCCACCAUAACUAUGUUUUUUUGCAUCAUAUCUGUUGAGCCAACCAUGAUGUUUUUAUGUUCAAUGAUACCAUUUACAAUAUCAUAAACUGCUCAGGUGAAAAGGUAAUGGUGAAUUUAGAGACAUACAAAGGAAAUCAAAUAUCUGAGAACCUAUAGGGUUGACUUUAUAAUACCAUGAGUGCUCAAUCCUUUUGUUCAUUAACAAAGCAAUAAAGUGACUGUAAAGAGUAGAAUAAUAUUCAAUAUGAUCUUAACAACUGAGCCUUAAAGGAAUAAGUCAAACACAAAGAUUCACUCAAAAAAAUGAUUUUGUUGUUGUUGUUGUUGUUGUUGUUGAACCUUUUUUCACCGUCUCCUGUGCAGUGACACAGAGUUGGUCACUUUAAGGAGCCACCUCUCCACCUGGUAUAAACCUAGAGGGGAUCAUGUAUUUGGUCACGUGUGUGUGUGUGUGUGUGUGUGUCUGUGCAACUGUCUGCAUCUUCCAUGCCACUGGGCUGAUCAGCCUAAUAUUUUAUUGUUUUUUUAUUUAUGACUGUGUGCUCAAGGACCUUUCGUAGUUGUGAUUCACAAUUAAGGUUGUUUUGUAAUUCACAACCUUUUUUUGACUGGUCUGUUUAAUACCAUCAUUGACUACUGAGUCAUCACUCCUCAAAGGAAUAUGUGCCAAGGGGCCCAGGUGUUAUGCUUCAGUGUACAUAUGCACUGAGUGGCCUGAGGAUCCUAGUGAUCAGCUCAUGCUUUAAGCACAGUGGGACUCAGGGACCAUCACUCAGUAGAAGCUGAGGGUCUUUAGUGGUCAGCUCACUCAGGGGCCCUCACACUGUAAGCACUGAGGAGUCCAAGGGCGCUAGUGGUCAGCUUACAUUUUAAACACCACAGGUCUUGGGACCCUCACAUUGUAAACACUGAUGGGUCUGGGGGGCCCUAGUGGUGAGCACACAUUUUAAACACUAAGGGACCCACAUGCCAUAUAACAGAAUAAUCACAUAUCAUGUUUUAAUAAACAAUUAUCUUUACUUCA